AUGCGUGUCCCGUCAGGCGGCGAGCCUCGUCCCCCGUACACAAUCGGCGGGCUCCGCGAUUACGCUACCUGGAUUGCUUCUUUCGCCGCACAGUUCGAGGCGGAAAAGGCCGCCGUGGAGGUCGAGAAGGCGUCGGUGGAGGCGAAAUUGAGGAAGCUAGUGGAAAGAGAGGAGGAUUUCAAGUCGCUGGGAAGUUACAUUGAGGAAAGAACGAUUCGACUUCGGGAGGUUGAAGAAGAGUUGGAGGGGAAGAGGAAGGAAUGCAAGGCGAAGGAGAAGGAGCUUGAACUGAAGAGAGAAGUGCUCGAGAAAUGCUUGUGCCGUUUCUGGAUUCGGGAGAAGGGAUUCGAGGAGCAAUUGGCGGAGUUCAAGGAGAAACAGGCUGAAUUCCAGGUACGUUUAAGUGAAUUGAGUGCUAGAGAGAGGGGGAUCCAUGAGUCGGAAACACAAUGUAAACAAAAGGAGAGGGAAUUUGAACAGAGGGUGGAUGAAUUCUAUAUGAAAGAGGUGAAACUCGAUUCACGUUUGGCUGAAUUGAGCAAGAAAGAGAGUGAAAUCGAUGAGAAGGAGAUGGGUUUUCGAGAGCGAUUCGUAGAGUUCGAAGCAAAGCAAGUGAAGUUUGAGGACUGUUUACGUGAAUUGCAAGCUAAGGAAAGGGAGAUAGAGGAGAAAGAGGAAAGGUUUCGAAAGAAACUAGAGGAUUCGAAAGAGAAAGAGAUGAACUUUAAGGAAGAUGCGAGUAGGUGGGGUGUUAAAGAAAGGGUAAUUGUGGAGAAAGAGAAGCAGUCUGUGGAGCUUCAACUAAAACUCCAACAAGGCUCUGUUGAUCUCGAGGCGAGGGAGAAAAUGUUGCCUGAGCUUGACAUGGAUAUCAAUGAGAAAGAUUUGGACUCGAAAUAG